CCGUGCGACGAGCCCAUCGGGAGACCCGUUGCGACCGGGACCCCUCCACCAAUCGGAGCGGUCCACGUCGGCGCGUAGGCGACCAGCUUUCCAUUUACGGAGCGAGCGAGCGAGCGAGAGAGAGAUUCGACUUCGAGCUUCGUACCUCGACGGCGACGACGACGCCGACGCCAUGGGACAGAUCUUCGACAAAUUCCAAGGCAAGGAGUGGAGGCGGAAGCAAAUCAGGAAAAUUACCGAUAAGGUUUUCGAGCGUGUGACGAACAAUGUCGAGAGAGCUAACCUGACGUUUGAAGAUCUUUAUACUUUAUUUACCCGUGAUAUAAAUAAGCAUCUGCCUGGUCCACAUUUUGAUCCGCCCUCGAAAGACCAAGUUCGGAUAAUGAUACAGGAAUCCGAUCUCAACCUGGAUGGAGAAAUCAAUCAUGAAGAAUUUGUGGGGUUCAUCCAGCGGCUAACAUCUGACACACUUAUAGUCGUCAGUCAGGGACUGAUUGUCACAUUGGUUGUGGCACCUACUAUUGCUAUGGCAACAAAGAGAACUACUGAGGGUGUCCCAGGAGUUGGUAAACUGGUGCAAAAGUUACCAAAUUCAGUUUAUGCAUCGCUUGUGACUAUGGCAGUUGUGAUGUUCCAGAAGUCAAUGCAGGAGGUUUAACAUCCACAAUAGUUUAAUAUGUUGGUAUUGGAUAUCUACAUCUACAAUAUACUGCAUGAUAUUGUAGUUAUGUGCAGUCACUUGCGAAACAAAUGUUAUACUUAACUGCUAAAGUUAUGAUAUUUAUUUUGCCUCGA